UUGUCACGAUUAUAUUAUUCCAACUGUUUGCGAAUUACCUGUGCAACAUUGUGGUUAAAGAUUGCACGGUUGUUUACAAUGGAGUACAACUUUCUUGGUCGUUCUGGGUUGCGUGUAUCAAACAUCUGUUUGGGAACGAUGACAUUUGGUCACCAGCGGUUUGGUGGCAGCAAGAUGAACAAAGAAGAAUCACACAAAAUACUGGACAGAUUUGCUUCUCUUGGGGGUAACUUUAUAGAUACGGCAAAUAUGUAUUCGCUGGGAGUCUCUGAAAGCAUUCUUGGUGAAUGGUUAGUAAGACAAAAAAGAGAUGACUUUGUGAUUGCAACCAAAGUAAGGGGAUCAAUGAAAGCUGGUGUAAAUGAUGUCGGUUUGGGAAGAAAACACAUCAUGUCUAGCUGUUUAGAGAGUCUACGUCGGCUGCAAACGGACCAUAUUGACCUUUAUCAAAUACAUUGGUGGGACGAUGCUGUUCCCCCCGAGGAGUGGCUUGGGACUCUAAGAGACCUAGUCAGUGCUGGAAGAGUGCGCCAUAUCGGGGUAUCCAACCUGUGUGGAUGGCAGCUUCAGAAAGUCGUAGAUCUGUGUCAGUACGAGAAAUUCCCGCCAGUGGUUAGUCUACAGCAACAAUACAAUUUGCUUUGUCGACAUCCAGAGUUUGAAGAAUUUCAAGUCUGCAAGAACGAAGGCAUUAGCGUUUUACCAUGGAGUCCCUUAAAAGGUGGGAUGCUGACAGGGAAAUAUAGACGAGGUGUAAGACCUGAUGCAUCUGCAGGCAGAAUUGGAGUAGUUGCCCAAGAUGAAUCCCUGGCCAUGCAGAUAGCUCCAGCUUGGAGCCAGUACGAAGAAAAAGACCACUACUGGAGACUCAUGGAAGCAAUGGAGAAAGUAGCUAAAGAGCAAGGAAAAACAAUCUCCCAGGUAGCCAUCCGAUGGCUUCUGCAAAAGGACGUGGUUUCGUCAGUUAUAAUAGGAGCCACGUCCAAACAACAACUUGAGGACAACGUUGCCGCUUCUAGUGCAUGGUGUCUUAAUAAAGAACAGAUGGAUGAACUUGACAAGCUUUCUGACUUAGACUUACAAUAUCCACACGCCAUGGUACGGUUGGUGAAUAAAGACAGGGUCAACCUCUUUAACCCGUAUCCCUAUGUAAAAAACACACGAACAAUUUAACACUUUAAAAGGCAGAAAUCCGAGAAAAUUAUGUAAUAGAUUUGCAAAUAAAAAUAUGCAGAACAAAUUUUCUUGCCUAAUCAGUAUAUCGUUUGAUUUGAAAUUAUGCCCCUUGAACAACAAUGACUGAAUUAAUCAAUAUUUGAUGGUUAUUAAAAUCAUUUUUUAAAAAAAUUCUAUUAGAUUAUAAGUAGAUAUUAUAAGAUAAAGAAAGAAUAUUUCUUUAUAUAGAACACUGUGGCGGACAAUUAUGCCAGUGCCAAGGUGGCAUUUUUGCAACAAGUUUAGCUGCAUGUAUCGAAAAAUUCAAAGAUGCCAUACAAAAAACCAUUGCUUGAGAAAUUUAUAACCACCUUUGUUGUGAUUGUAUCUUA